AACCAUGACUGUCAUGGCGGAAGGAGAGUUUGAAUUGACAGAAGGCUGCAGACUGCCAGUUUUACUGACAAAUGGAGAAGGAUGGCAUUGGGCGGAGAUUCUUGGCAAGAAGGAAGUCAAUGGAAAACCACUUUUCUAUGUCCAUUAUGAUGACUUUAAUAAAAGAUUGGAUGAGUGGGUACCAGAAGCAAGGAUGGACAUCAGUAAGAUGGAGCAUCCUAGAAAGGAACAAAAGACACCAAAGAAGGAAAUUGGGAAGGCUGGUACCUCGUCCAGCAGACCCUGCAGUCCUGAUCCUACCCUCUUGAACGGUUCAGCUGGCCCAAACAAAAAAUCCUCAAUAGGAAGUAGGAAGAGAAAACUAGAAGAGGAUAUUGUAGAUCCUGUAUCCUUGCCGAACACACCUCAUACACAAAGUGCAAGUGUGGGUAUAGAUUCCAGUGGAAGUAGGUCAGCUACACCUUCAAUACCACAUAUUAAUUCUUCACAAGAUUUGAAUGCAGAUGGCAGCACCACACCAUUAGCUCCAAGACAGACUGGCAGUAUGGUAGCACACCACGAUGAUGCAGUUACCAGGAUGAAAAAUAUAGAAUUAAUAGAGUUAGGACAGUUUAGGAUCAAACCUUGGUACUUCUCGCCAUACCCACAGGAAUUGACGAGUACUCCUAAUUUAUACAUUUGUGAAUAUUGCCUCAAAUAUGUGAAAAGCAACAAAUGUUUAGAAAGACAUUUGGCAAAGUGUAUGUUAAGACAUCCUCCUGGCAAUGAAAUUUAUAGAAAAUCCAACAUCUCAAUAUUUGAAAUAGAUGGUAGGAAAAAUAAGAUAUAUGCUCAAAACCUUUGUUUAUUAGCGAAGUUAUUUCUAGACCACAAAACAUUAUAUUAUGACACAGACCCGUUCUUGUUCUAUGUGUGCUGUGAAAGUGAUAAUAAAGGCUACCAUAUAGUGGGCUAUUUCUCAAAGGAGAAAGAAUCAUCUGAAGAUUAUAAUGUAGCUUGUAUUCUUACCUUACCACCAUACCAGAAAAAAGGAUUUGGAAAACUGUUAAUAGAAUUUAGUUAUGAAUUGUCAAAAGUAGAGGGAAAAACUGGAUCUCCAGAGAAACCCCUGUCUGAUCUCGGCCUUUUGUCAUACAGAAGUUACUGGUCACAGACAAUCACAGAAAUCCUGCUGAACCUGAAACCAGAGGAAGGAAAUGAUAAACCUGUCAUCACUAUCAAUGAAAUUUCGGAAUUGACGAGUAUAAAGAAAGAGGACGUGAUCUCAACCUUACAGCAUCUUAACCUUAUCAAUUAUUAUAAAGGACAGUAUAUAAUCGUGCUAGCUAAAGACUUACUUGCUGCACAUUAUAAAUCCAUGAGUAAACGUAAAGUACGAAUAGAUCCAAAGUGUUUACACUGGCAGCCAAAAGACUGGAGUAAACGUGGGAAGUGGUGAGAGGAAUAUUUAUGUUUAAGGUGAAGAAAUGAAAUAAGGGGCGCCAAGUUGAAAUAAUUUCUGUGCAGAAGUGUUGAAUCUAUUGAAAGUGAAGUUGGAAUUUGUGCAAAAUGUUUACGUUUGCAGUAAAAAGACUGAAAUAAAUGUGGAAAGUUGGAAAUAGGUACUUACUAUACAUAGAAAAGGGAGAAAUUGAAUGGUCAGAAGAGCACCACUGUGAAGUUAUUUCAGUGCAUCAAUAUUGUAAUUGUAGAGAUGUAUUGUGUUACAAUAAAAAGUAGGAGCAUAAAAUUUUAAAACAAAAAAUGUUUUUAUACAGUUAUUUAUCUUUUGGUCCUACAGACAAUUUUCUUAAUAUGUGAAAAUGUAAAAAAAAUGAACACUUAAUUUGAUGCAUAUAUAUUCAAAUGUUGUGAACAGGUGUUUUAUUAUACCUGACUUUCAAAAUUAAGAUCAUUCAGUUGAGCUAAUUGUUACAAAUGACAGUAUAAAGAACAUCAAUCUAAGUUAAAGUAUUUCUGCAUGUUUGGAUCAAAUCUUUUUCGACAUUGAAAAAUUUGAUUAAAUCCUGAUUUUCAAAACUUCAGAAUAUACUUUAUAUAUAAAAUUCAGCAUAUAAAAAGAUGACAUUUCACAGACAUAAAUUAAUUUUUCUACAAUGUAGAUUUUACUGAAACUCUAAAGUUGUAUAAAAACAUGGAUUAUAAUAUGGCGAAAUAAAAUGUACAUGUCCGUAUGUUUCUUUUUGAGAUAUUUGCCCGUGAUUAAAGAGAUCAGCCAUUAAUUCAUGAAAUGGUUUCAAGUCCAGGCAAUAUUCUAUGUUAUCCAAAUAAGUGACGUCUGGUUUAUCAAACUUGCAAAACUAUGUUUAAGCUUAUAAAAAGAAGCCUUGUAAACCAGUCUUGGAAUACAAUUUCAAAAUUAUAUUCGUAAACAACCAACCAGAUCUAGAGUUUUGAGGCAGGCCUCCAGAUUCAGUUUAUAUCCUUUGACUUGGAAUACUGUUAAUGGUAAACUAUUUAUGAACUAUCCUGAUUUGAGUGCAUGUAAUACUACAAAUUUUAUAUAGAAGUGAUAUUUUCUGGGUCCCCAAAAAAACCCCACAAAACCCAUUAAAAGAUUUUUUGCAAGCUGAAAACUGUUUUGGCAAAAAAAUACUGAAAACCUAAUUAAUAAAAAAAAAUUAUAUAAUUAUCUUUGUGACCAAGCGUUUAAAUAUGCUGACUUUAAUCACUUACCCCACUUGUCUGUGAAGCCCUACAUUAGAUAUAGAGUGUUUCCUUGGUGUGAGGAGGUAAUCAAGCUGGCUUGCAGUAGGCUUGUGUUCCACUGAGGUGCCAUUCUGUGCCUGAAAUAACAUCUGUACCUGGGAUCUUACUGGACUAUUAAAGCUGGAAAUUCACCAUAUAAUCUGAAAUGUGUCAGUGUGACUUAUUGAGCGGUUAGUCAAGGUCAUACUUAAUAAGUCAAAGGUCAAAACUUGGUGCAGUUCCUUGUCCGGGCUGUAUAACUCAGCCAUUGAUUGAGGGUUUCUUAAAUAACUUGGCACAAGUUUGCCACAAUGAGACAGUCUGUUUGGCAUAUGUACUUGAAAGGUCAAGGUCACACUAAGGGGUCAAAGGUCAAAAGUUGAUGCAGUUUUUCUUGUCUGCUGUAACUUAGCUACUGAUGGAGAUGUAUAAAUGUUAGUCCUAUUGACAGCUGGCGGGCUUGACAUGUUGCCCAUGGGCAUCUAGUGUACAGAAAGCCAUGUUUGUGAUGAGCUAGAUUUACCUCGGAAGAAUACCAGAUUGCCAAUUGUGAAUACACAAUUGCAGUGUAAUUAUGGGUGUGCUACCUUAAAUCUUAAAAAAAACACCUGAUGAAAUGAGGGUUUUGUUUGUAUUGGAAACUAUAAUUGAUAAGUUUAUAUUUUAGCUGUCUGUUGUUUUACUUUAGAAUAAUUUUAUAAUCAUUAUGAUUGAAAAAAGGUCAAAGUUUUGGUACAACUGUUGCUAUUGAAUUGUAUAAUUGUGAACAGGCUUUUUUAUGAGCAUAAACCCUUCAAGGUGGUGUUUUGCCUUUACUGACAUAAGAUUAUAAUGUUUUUCCUGUUUUCACUAUUACACAUUUACAUGUCAUAAAAUCAACCACUAAUACAGAACUUCCUUGUGUAUAAUAAGCUUCAAUAAUAAGGAAGCAGUAUUUAAUAAAUUAAAUCUUUUAUGAGUGAACAUGUCCAAAAAACUACACAUUUCAGUUUGUACGGUACUGGUAUCAACUGAAUAUUGAAAUACAAUGAUUGUAACCUGUAGUAAACAGCCAGCCAAGGGAGAAACACAGUCCCGCUGCUUAAGGCAGGUAUCUGCUUAACCUUUAGCCUUCUGGCGGCAAGAGAUUCUACCUUUGCGACCAGUGCAGACCAAGAUCAGCCUGCACAUCCAUACAGGCUGAUCAUGGUCUUCACUGUUCGCUAUUCACUCAGUAAAUUGUCAGUGAACACCCCUUGGAAUAAUAAAUGGUAUUGCUCAAAUUAAAUGAUGGACCAGUCCAUUUUAGAAAUUUAGCAGGUUAAAUGUUAAGACAAGUUCUAUUAAGAACAAAAAGCUAUUUUGAGAAGUUAGCUUACUGGCUACUUGAAGGCCAGUGGCUGUUUAAUACAGGUGGCCCCUAAGGCAGGUUCAACUGUAUUUUAUGUACAUGUUUCAUACAUUGAUGGAAUACUGGUAAUAGGGCAACAUUUAUUAGAAGUGAAGAUGUUACUUUGUACUGAAAACUUGCCAUAAAGAAAUUGAUUCUGAAUUGUUCUCGUGUGUGCUAUUGUACUGUGUAAUACAACUUCGUAAAACUCCAAUAAAGAUAUUAAUAUAUCGGUA